UGUGUGACUAACUUACAACAAACAGAUCUAGGACGGAGUCUUCGUCUCGUCAUCGCUCUCGUCGUCGACGGGCGGUGCCUCCUGGGCGUACGCGGCCGGGCCCAGCCCGUCAAAGAAAUCGCCGAGUUCCCGCGAGAAGUCCCGCGAGGACCGGGCCUCGGCCUUGACCUCGUGGACUUCCUCCGCGGCGAUCUCCGAGGCGCCGUCCGCGACUUCUACGACGUGCGCGUCGGCGAGUUCGGUGGGCGUCGACUCCGCGAAGGACUCGCGGCGGCUCCGGAGCUCGACGAUUUCCUGCUGCGUUCGACGACGCCUCGCGGCGGCGAGGCGCACGGACUCCGCUCGACGCGCGGCCGAGGAGCGGCGCCGGCCGUUGCUGGAGGGGCGCCCACGACAGCACUGGACGAAACAGCACGGCAUAAUAAAGACGAAGAAGCCCACCAGAAGGAAGGUCCCGAAGCCCGCCGGGUAGCUCCGCUCGCAGUAGGGGCUGCCGCCGAAUUUAUCCGAGUACCGCGGGCAGGCCUCGCCGGGCUUGCACCGCGUGCAGCAGAAAUUGUACGCCUGGCACGUCGAUCGACCGCUCCCGUUCGCGUCGCCUCGCGUGUAGCGGUAGCCCGGCGCGCACCUAUGUGGAAAUCAAAAGUCGAGAACACUGGGCAGACGACGCGUCGACCGUCGCACGGCUCGCCGCGCGAGUAGCGGUAGCCCGGCGCGCACGCGGCCCGCUCGGCGGGGGCGCAGCAGUUGUCGUCGCGACGGCAGUGCUUCGCGUCCGUCUUUUUUUUGUUGUAACCGGCUCCGACGUCGAGGAUCAUGCACGCGGUCGGCUCGCAUACCGGUGCUGUCGCGGAGCUAUUCGGCGAUGGUUCGAAUGGCGUUUGCAGGGGCACAGGGUCUGCUCCGGUGGUCGCGAGGACCGCGAGGACUAGCCAGAUUGCACACGUACGCGCCGGUCUACUGGCAAUUCCCGCCAUAUCAGUUUUUAUCUGGCUCUAAACGUUGCGCGCGCUCGCCACGUGCGGUCGAAUGUUGCGUGGUCGAAUAGAGGUAGUGGUCGGGCUCUUGUUGGUUUCCCUUGCACCGAUUUUGCGUGAACGUCAGCGCAAAUCAAGUGCUG